UUGAGCGCGAAGCGCCACACGGGAUGCGGAGUUCACUCAGAAGAGAGAAGGUGAUCAGUUUUAGGCCGAACGGGACCGAUUACAUCUGCAAAAAUGGUCGAGGCUUUCUGCGCAACAUGGAAACUGGUGGAGAGUAAGAACUUCGACGAAUACAUGGAGGCAAUAGGAAUUCCUUUUGCCACAAGACAAGUGGGCAAUGUUACCAAAACAACAGUAAUGAUCAGCGCGGAUGAGGAUACCGUGAUGCUGAAAACCCUGAGCACAUUCAGGAAUACCGAGUGUGUGGCGAAACUCGGAGAGGAGUUUGACGAGAUUACACCUGACGACCGACAAGUAAAGUCUACCUUUACCAUGGAGGGAGACAAAUUUGUGCAUACACAGAAGUGGGAUGGGAAAGAGACCAGAUUGGUUAGAGAAAUCAAGAAUGGAAAGAUGGUGAUGACGUUAACCUUUGAGGGAGUCACAGCGGUCCGCACAUAUGAGAAGGUGGAGAGGAGGACAUCAUUUGUGGCCUUGUAAACCACCAGAAGCAGCCUUAUGUUUUACUUGACCUGAAAAAUAAAUGUGUUUUUUUUUAUAUUUCAAAAAAAA